AUGCCCGGUGUGUAUAUCAGCGACAAGAAGAUUGAAGAUGCGCUGGAAUGUGGUGGCGCAGAUGGAGGCCAGGACCAGCGGGGUGGCGGUGUAGUGGACGGAAGCAGCGAGGCUGCGCAGCGGGCCCGGGCCCCAGUUGGCUCACCAGCGGGUGCACCUCCCAUGAGCGACAGUGUCCACACGGAUGCCGACUGCGAAGGCGGGGGGUACGAAUGCAGCAGCCCGCUGGAGGACGGCCAGCUCCCCGCCAGCCUGAAGUCGCCGCAGUUCGACGUCUACGGGCGGCCGCGCCGCGAGCCGCCUCCCACGCCGCCCUGCUGUAAACGCGAAUACGGGAACGUGACCACAAAUGUGCGCUACAUGGAGGUGGAAUGGGACGGCCGAUGGGCGGCGUCGCCCGGCGGAACGCCAACCUUUCCCAACGUGCUCGAGCCGAACAUGAACCAGUUCGAGCUCAGGCCUUCGCACAUCGAUUUUGGGGUUGUGGCGGCGGGGGACGCCUGCCGAAGAGUGGCCUGCCUUACCAACGUUUCUGCCGAGAGAGCGCGAUUCCACGUCUCCAAGCCCUCGCCACCCCUCAGCGUCACCUACCUGCCGGGGAUGUUGGCGGCAGGGAUGAAGCGGAAGCUGAACGUGGAGUUUCGGGCCGAGUCUGCCGGGGAGUACGUGAGGGAGGUCGUGGUGAAGUCGGAGCUCAACAUUCUGACGCUGACUUGUUCGGUGAAGGUUGCUGACCAAGCUGACGCCGUGGCCCUCUCGGGGCAGCAAUGUAGGGGAUCCGCUGCCAGCGUGGCGUCCAGCGGUGCAACGGGAGCUGAUCAUUUCGCGGAGCAGCCCAACUAG